AUGGCAGCGGCGGCGGCGGAGGCGGGGCCGGGCGCGGGCGGCGCGGGGGCGGGUGGGCGCGGGCGGCGCGGGGCCCUGUGCGGCCAUGUCCCGUGUUCCCCCGGCGCCCGCCUCCUCAACUCGGCGAACGCGAACGGCGAGAUCCAGCGGCACGCGGAGCAGCAGGCGCUGCGCCUCGAGGUGCGCGCCGGCCCGGACGCGGCGGGCAUCGCCCUCUACAGCCAUGAGGAUGUGUGCGUGUUCAAGUGCUCGGUGUCCCGAGAGACGGAGUGCAGCCGCGUGGGCAAGCAGUCCUUCAUCAUCACCCUGGGCUGCAACAGCGUCCUCAUCCAGUUCGCCACCCCCAAUGAUUUCUGUUCCUUCUACAACAUCCUGAAGACCUGCCGCGGCCACACCCUGGAGCGCUCCGUGUUCAGCGAGCGGACAGAGGAGUCCUCAGCCGUGCAGUACUUCCAGUUUUACGGCUACCUGUCCCAGCAGCAGAACAUGAUGCAGGACUACGUGCGCACGGGCACCUACCAGCGGGCCAUCCUGCAGAACCACACCGACUUCAAGGACAAGAUUGUUCUCGACGUCGGCUGUGGCUCGGGGAUCCUCUCGUUUUUUGCCGCCCAGGCUGGAGCGAGGAAGAUCUAUGCGGUGGAGGCCAGCACCAUGGCCCAGCACGCCGAGGUGCUGGUGAAGAGCAACCACCUGACGGAGCGCAUCGUGGUCAUCCCCGGGAAGGUGGAGGAGGUGUCACUGCCUGAGCAGGUGGACAUCAUCAUCUCGGAGCCCAUGGGCUACAUGCUCUUCAACGAGCGCAUGCUGGAGAGCUACCUGCACGCCAAGAAGUACCUGAAGCCCAGCGGAACCAUGUUCCCCACCAUUGGUGACGUCCACCUUGCACCCUUCACGGACGAACAGCUCUACAUGGAGCAGUUCACCAAGGCCAACUUCUGGUACCAGCCUUCCUUCCACGGGGUGGACCUGUCGGCCCUCCGGGGCGCCGCCGUGGACGAGUAUUUCCGGCAGCCGGUGGUGGACACGUUUGACAUCCGGAUCCUGAUGGCCAAGUCUGUCAAAUACACAGUGAACUUCCUAGAAGCCAAAGAAGGAGAUUUGCACAGGAUAGAAAUCCCAUUCAAAUUCCACAUGCUGCAUUCAGGGCUGGUUCACGGUCUGGCUUUCUGGUUUGACGUUGCUUUCAUCGGCUCCAUCAUGACUGUGUGGCUGUCCACGGCCCCCACGGAGCCCCUGACGCACUGGUACCAGGUGCGGUGUCUGUUCCAGUCCCCCCUCUUCGCCAAGGCCGGGGACACGCUCUCAGGGACGUGUCUGCUUAUUGCCAACAAAAGACAGAGCUACGACAUCAGUAUUGUGGCCCAGGUCGACCAGACGGGCUCCAAGUCCAGCAACCUGCUAGACCUGAAAAACCCCUUCUUCAGAUACACAGGCACGACGCCCUCGCCACCGCCCGGCUCCCACUACACAUCCCCCUCCGAGAACAUGUGGAGCACAGGCAGCAGCUACAACCUCAGCAGCGGGAUGGCCGUGGCCGGGAUGCCCACAGCCUACGACCUGAGCAGUGUUAUCGCCGGUGGCUCUGGCGUGGGCCACAACAACCUGAUUCCUUUAGGCUCCUCUGGCACCCAGGGUGGCGGCGGCGGCGGCUCGAGCGCCCACUACGCGGUCAACAGCCAGUUCACCAUGGGUGGGCCCGCCAUCUCCAUGGCCUCCCCCAUGUCCAUCCCCAGCAGCAGCGUGCACUACGGGAGCUAGGUGGGCCCCGGUGGCGAGCGGCCCAUGAUGCCAGGAGACCACGACAGGACCCAGCUGCCCCGGCCUGUUCCGGGGAGCCCAGGCUCCCGGAGGUCCCCAUCCUCUUUGCUAUGGGAACUUGGACACUUUUUUACACCACGUUGCCGCCACCCUCACCCUCACCCCCCACCCCAGGCCCUGAGCGCGUCGCUGCCAUAUUUUACAUGAGAUCAUGUUGCGGGAGCUCGUGGUCCCCUCCUGCCCUCUCCACCCCAACCUGGGUUGGACAGCGUCCGGAACAGGCGUGUCUGGGCCUCACAGCUGCAGCCGGAAAGGGCAGGGCGGUGAGGAGGGGGCACUACCCCCCAGUCCUCCUUGCCUGCCUGCCAGCCUGGGCCGGGCCUCCCCUCAGCCACCAGGCCUGGGGCGCGGAGGCCGUGGCAUGCUGCUUUUUUUAAUUUUAUUUUUUUACGGAAAGAACCAGUGUCAAUCCACAGACCUUCGGAGAAACCCGGCCGGCUGGGCCGAGCCAGCAGCCCCUGUCCCCCAACUCAGAGCUCAGCGGUGAGGGGCAGGGGCCAGGCCUCCGGGGCGCCUGCAGGCCCCCUCCCCACCAAAGGGUUCACCUCACACUUGAAUGUACAACCCAGCCUGGCUGUCGGGAAGGCCCUCCGUCCUCGGCCUGCCUCCUGCUGCUGGCCUGUCCCCGAGCCCCUCUAGGUCAACCUCUCCCCGCCUCCAACAGGAGUAGGACAGGCCCCCGGCCUCAGCCGCUCAGGCAGACACGAGCCUCCGCCGUCUCUCGUGGAGGGCGCCCUGGGCCUGGGCCCGAGCCGACUUAGGCCUGUGUUUCCCUCGGUUCGUGUAGACACUCCCGUCCCAGCCCAGGAAAGGCACUUGCAGGGGCUGCUCCCUCCAGAAAACCAAACAAAACACAAAAUAAACCAACAAGGAAAUGUACAUUUCAGCACAGGCAGUUUUCUUCUUCUGCUCCCCUUUUUCUAACACCCCCAAACACAGACAUGGUGGAGCUCAGGGUGGGCCCCGAGGCCCGCUGACCACCCAGAGGGGGCGGCCCAGCGAGCCUGGGGUACGGUCCCCAUCCUCCUGCCGCGUCGGCAGGGACAGCGAGCCCUGCAGGCAGUUUCCGGGCAUGGGGGGAGUGGCCCUGCUCCCCGGUCGCCUGCCCGCCCCCACGCUGGAAGUACCCUGCUCGGCUGCCCCAUCCCACCUUUAUAUAAAUUCUCUGAAUCACCUUUGCAUAGAAAAUAAAAGUGUUUGCUUUGUAAGAAAA